AUGUUUUGUACUUCAAAAUUAAUCAAGAUUGAAUUUCUUGUGAUGAAAUUGAUUGAGCAGCUGUCAGUAUUUUUGCAGAGCUCUGAGAAGCAGAGUUUUUUACAACACUCUGAGCUGUUGCAGCACUCUGAGCAAAGCCUCCCGAAGGGCAUGGAGACGUGCUACGCUGGAGAGAUUUCUAUGUACACAGAGAGAGAAAACAGAAUCCAGGUGGCAACUCUUGAGAAGACUCAGCUCAUUGCAAAGGAUUUUUCUGAGCUGCGCAUCCACUUCUGGCCCGACGAGAGAGCACUGAAGAAGGAAAUGACAGGAAAAGAGCAGAGAAUGACAGAGAGAGCAAAGAAAAGAAGGAAGAAGAAGUAUUUGAGCCGAUAG